ACAAAGUGUAUAAGUAUCAGUGUCAGUGUAAAACCAAGUGUUAAGCUAAAACGUUGACUGCUCUGUUCUUCUACCCCAGACGCAGACUAAUCUGAUAAGCCACGCAACCUAAAUCUUAUUUUAUUGUGGUAAAAAUUGCACUCGGGUGUGUAUGUGUGCGUGCGUGAAAAAUCAAUCAAAUUGACCAUGCGUGUGAGUGAAUAAGAAGAACUGAUUGUGUGAGGUUUGCGAAAAAAAAGUGAACGCGUAGCAGCAGCGCAACGCUGCAGCAGAGCGCUACUCACACACACAUAUACGGAAAUAAAUCGCCAGAGACGCACGCAUUGAAUUCGAGCGAAAAAGCUAUAAAUUAAACAAUUAAUGUUUAAUUUCUGGCAUGAAACAUUAAGUUGAGGAGAAAAGUGCACAAUAAUGCAGCCAUUUGAUGCAGCGCGCUUGACCUGAACUUCCAGCAGUCGCAGCGCUUACGUCGACGCCGCAGAUAUGCUGCAGUAGGCAGCGCGCCGCAGCAGAGCAGCAGCAACGCAACAUUUGCCAAAGAUUAGUUACUAUAGUAAGGUGAGAAGAGCACGGAAUAGACGUGUCACAAAAUAAAAUAAAUAAAAAAAAAACAGCGCUAAGGAAAAGAGCGAAGCUUUCGCUAUAUAAUGACAUCCCGGCUCGAUCGUCUCUUCAUACUUCUCGAGUCGGGCUCCACAGUCGCCACGCGUCGUGCAGCUGCCAAACAAAUCGGCGAAGUACAAAAACUCUAUCCACAUGAGCUUCAUGCGCUUCUCAAUCGUCUGAUUGGCUAUCUGCACAGCACAUCGUGGGAUACGCGGAUUGCUGCGGCGCAGACGGUUGAGGCUAUACUCAAGCAGGUGCCACCUUGGCAGCCCGAGCUCCAGACGACGGAGGCCAUUAAUCUGAAGAAGGAGAAGAACUGCGAUGAACAAAAGCUUCCAAACGACAACAAUAGCAGCAGCAAUACGUCUUUGGCCGCCGUUGAGGAGGACAGCUGUCAAUCAAGCGGCUCACAUGUCUCGUCCUCAACAAUAGGCGGCGGACCUCAGCAAAGCGAACGGCUGCUCAGCUUUGCCGAAUUCGAUUUACAACAGAUCCUGCUGAAGGGUGCACGUCUCAUUGGCUCUGAGGGCAAUGAGUUCGAUGUGCAGGAUGAACAGCCAGCGAAUGGCGGGGGCGCCGAGGCGACAGCAGCUUCCACUGGAGCCGCAAGACUGAGUCGCCAACGCGCCCUCCUCAAUGAGAAACUUGGACUCACUGCAGCAGCCAAGCUUGGUGUCAAUCUCACCGACAUGAUCACCGACGAGGAUGUGACAAUGACGCGUGCCGGAAGCAGCUACAACGUCAACGCCGAGAAGGUGCCCGUUGAGCACAUUCUAAACAUAAAGCCAGCCAAUGGUGGUGGCCAACAGCUCAGCUGCCGUGAGAUUAAUCGCGCCAAACGCAAAGCCAGAAAGAGCGCCACUGGCGGCGCUCAGACAGCCAAUGCCACAACAGUAACACCAACAAGCAGCCGGCGCAACUCAACGGCGGGCAGCAGUAACAGCAAUGGCGGGGCAACUGGAAAUGGUGCCACUAUCGGCGAGGAGCCAGAAAAGAAAAAAAUGAAAUCAAGUGACCGACAGGAGAUCUUUUAUAAUCUAAACGAUCCCGUACCCGAUGCCACUGGCACUUGGGUGGAUGCUGUUAGCUGGCCACUGGAAAACUUUUGUGCCCGGCUCUACAUUGAUCUCUUUAAUGCCAAGUGGGAGGUGCGGCAUGGAGCUGCCACGGCACUGCGGGAGCUGAUCAACCAGCAUGGCCAGGGAGCAGGAAAGAGUAUUCAACAGACGCGUGAUCAAAUGCUCGAAUCCCACAGUCGCUGGCUGGAGGAUGCUGCCCUCCGACUAUUGUGUGUGCUGUGUUUGGAUCGUUUCGGCGAUUUUGUUUCGGAUCAAGUGGUGGCGCCGGUGCGCGAAACCUGCGCACAAGUGCUGGGCACGCUGGUCAAAGAGAUCGAUGUGGACAGAGUGCAGAGCAUUGUGGAUAUAUUGCUGCAGCUGAUUAAGCACAGCAACGAGUGGGAGGUGCGGCAUGGCGGUCUCUUGGGUCUCAAGUAUGUAUUCGUGGUGCGUGAGGAGUUGCUGCAUAUUUAUAUGCCACAGACCAUAUCAGAUAUAUUGCUGGGACUCUCCGACACUGUCGACGAUGUGGGUGCGGUGGCUGCCUCCACACUUAUUCCGGUGGCCUCCUGGUUGCCCAAACUACUGAACCCCAGCCAGGUUUCUUCGAUUGUGAAAAUGCUGUGGGAUCUGCUGCUGGAUCAGGACGAAUUGACUUCGGCCUGCAAUAGUUUUAUGGGUCUUUUGGCCGCCAUAUUGUGCUUACCAAACGCCGCCAGCUGGAUCGAAAUGGAACCAAUGGACACGUUGGUACCGCGUUUGUGGCCCUUUCUAUCACAUAGCGCCAGUUCUGUGCGCAAAUCCACUUUAACGACUCUCUACACGCUGACCAGUGGCCACAAACGUGAGUCGACGAUUGUGAAACUGGAAGAGCCCAGCAAGGCGAAUGGUAAUGGCGAUGCUAAAGAUGUUGUCGUUAAGCUUGAAACAAAGCCUCUGAAGCUAAAUUUUGGCGUCAUCGAUUGGAAAUCGCAGCUGCUCCAACAGGCUUUGCGUCACAUCUAUCAAAGGAUUCUAGUCGAACCGCAGGCCGAGAUACAGGAACUGGCGCGUCGCGUUUGGGCCAAUCUCAUCGAGUAUGCCGAUUUGGGUGCCCUGCUGCUCGCCGCCUGCCCCUUUGUUUCCUCCUGGAUAUGCCUAGCCAUGCAGCCACCGCGUCUAGCCUUCGAUGCGAAUUCUCUGAUGCGAGUUGUUCCCGCCGGAGAGACACUAACGCCAAACACUCCAUGCAUGCCUCCACGUCGUCGCACGCCGCGCAUUGGAGACGAUUUGGGUGGCGCUGCUCUAGCCCACACCAAUGCCACAUUGAAGCUGUUCUUGGGCGGCAGCGAAGCCACGCCCCUGGAGGUGCGUGAGGCUAACUUUGUGCGUGCUCGUGUAAUGGCUUCCCGCGUACUCGGUGCUCUCUCACAUUAUCUGGUACAGCCGGCUCCCGGUCUUGUCUACACGCCACAAAUGGAAAGCCCAACGGAUUGUUAUACCAAAGUGCUCCUCGUCCAUCUGAAUGCACGCUCUGCCGUACAGCGUCUGGUGUGCGGCCUAAUUAUUGCCUUCUGGGCGCUCGAAGAUGAACCUGUACGUCCGGGACCACCGAACUUGCAGGAGAAACUGCAUCAGUGUGUAAACGAGUAUUUCUACUACGAUGAGGUGGCCAUCUCGCUAACUAGAUUGUUGCAGGAGACGCAGGAUUUUGUAGCAACGUUAAAACAAAAUAAAAUACCCAUAAAUGACUUCAACAAUGCCAAGAUUCUAACGCUGGACCAAAUCGAGGCGAUCGCCUAUUCGCACAGCUCCAAUCUACAGAUCUAUCCGCUCAGGACUAAAGUGCUAGAUACGCUCCUCGAGAGACGGCGCAGUCUACAAGCUUCAUAUCAGCAGACAACUAAUGAACAAAGCUCAUAUCAUGUGAGCGCCCAGGCUGCAUUGGCUGGUGCCAUUUGUGCUCUCCACUGCUUGCCCGAGAAACUGAAUCCAGUCGUGAAGCCAUUAAUGGAGUCCAUUAAGCGCGAGGAAUGCGUUCAGCUGCAACAAUUGUCUGCCGAGUUUCUGGUGCAUUUAAUGGAUCAAGUUUGUGAUAGAAAUCCUAGUCCAAAUAGCAAGAUUCUGAACAAUUUGUGCACCCUGCUCAAGAGCGAUGCCGAAUAUACGCCCAAGAUUACACUCGCCAACCUAACACAGAAACAGACGGAGGCGGGAUCCCCAAACUGCGUCUACUAUGGCAUAUUGACACUGAGUUUGCAACAGCAGGCGAAUAAUUCGAGUCGAACGGCUGUUGCCAAUGUGGCCAGCUGCAGUACACCGACGACGCCAACCCCUCGAGGACCUGGACGACCGCCGUCAAGUGAUGUGUUGGCUGCUGCUGCUGCCGCCGCCGUGGCGAACAUGGAGAGUGCCGCAACAUUACAGAGCAAGGAAAUGGAGGCACGUUUGUGUCGAACUCAACGUCAAGGAGCUGCCAGCGCCAUUGGCAAGCUGUGUGUGUCCUUUGGACGGCAGAUUGUGGAGAAGGUGCCCAUUUUUCAACAGUUAAUGUUCGAUAAGGUCACCCAAUUCGCCAGCAACCAUACUUCGGAGCAAUUAGCCAGCAGCUUGCCGGAUCUGGCGCUCACCAACGAACUAAUGACAUCGCUGCAGUUGAUCGAGACAGCGGCGCCAUAUCUACACACCAGCUGGCAUACGCAGCUCUUUGCAUUGCUACCACAUUUGGGUGGUAUUGUGACGCAUCCGCUGAAAGCAGUGCGACACAUGGCUGCACGUUGCAUUGCCACGCUAGCCGACAUCGAUGCCUGCAAUACGAUGGACUAUGUGGUCAAUCAUUUGGUGGGACUGUUGCGGAAAAUCGAGCUCGUUAUUGAGCGUCAGGGCGCUGUGGAGGCCAUUGAGCGGGUGGUGAAUAAACUGCAAAUCAAGAUAGUGCCGUAUAUCGUGCUACUGGUGGUGCCACUGUUGGGAUCCAUGAGCGAUCCGGACGAGUCCGUGCGCCUGCUGGCCACGCAUUGCUUUGCCACACUCAUUCAGCUGAUGCCGUUAGACUCGCGGGCGGCUGGUGGUCGCCAGCAUCUGAUCAAAUCGGAGGCGUUGCAGGCGCGAAAAUCGCGGGAUAGUGAAUUCUUGGACUAUUUGUUUGCUCCCAAAACCAUACCAGACUAUCGUGUGCCCGUGCCGUUGACUGUGGAGCUGCGCAGCUAUCAGCAAGCGGGCAUUAAUUGGCUAGGAUUUCUCAACCAAUAUAAUCUGCACGGUAUACUCUGUGACGACAUGGGUCUUGGCAAAACGCUGCAGACCAUUUGUAUACUGGCCGGGGAUCACAAAAAGCGUAUGACAGAUGGAGAGACGCCACUGCCCAGUCUGGUGAUCUGUCCGCCUACGCUGACGGGCCAUUGGAUCUACGAAGUGAACAAGUUUCUGGCGCAAUCACAGAUUUUGCGACCCCUCCAUUACUUUGGCAUACCCGUCGGCCGCGAAAAGCUGCGCAGUCAUAUUGGAACGAGCUGCAAUCUGGUCGUCACCUCCUACGAUGCCAUACGCAAGGAUAUUGACUACUUUCGCAACAUACACUUCAACUAUUGUGUCCUCGACGAGGGGCACAUCAUUAAGAAUGGCAAGACGAAGAACUCGAAGGCAGUCAAACAACUGAAGGCCAAUCAUAGACUCAUCCUUUCGGGCACACCCAUACAGAAUAAUGUGCUGGAGUUGUGGUCGCUGUUUGAUUUUCUAAUGCCCGGCUUUUUGGGUACUGAAAAACAAUUUGCGCAACGCUAUUCACGUCCCAUACUCGCUUCGCGUGAUGCCAAGAGUUCGGCCAAGGAGCAGGAGGCUGGGGUACUGGCCAUGGAAGCGUUGCAUCGUCAGGUGUUGCCGUUUUUGUUGCGGCGCGUCAAAGAGGAUGUGCUGCACGAUUUGCCGCCAAAGAUAACACAGGAUUUGCUGUGCGAACUGAGUCCAUUGCAGUUAAGCCUGUACGAGGACUUUAGCAAGAAACACUUAAAAGACUGUUUGGAUAAACUCGGCGAGACAGAGAAUCUCAAUGCAAAGACGCACAUCUUCCAGGCAUUGCGUUAUCUACAGAACGUUUGCAACCAUCCCAAACUGGUGCUCAAGGAUGCCACCGAACAGAGCGGUGUGGCCGCCAAUUUGGCCAUUAGUAACACUAGCCUUGAUGAUAUCGAGCACUCCGCCAAGCUACCUGCACUCAAGCAAUUGCUUCUGGACUGCGGCAUUGGUGUGCAAACAGAGUCGGUCAGUCAGCAUCGUGCACUCAUUUUUUGCCAAUUGAAGGCCAUGCUGGACAUUGUGGAGAAGGAUUUGCUACGCAAACAUUUGCCCAGCGUUACAUAUUUACGUUUGGAUGGCAGCGUGCCGCCUUCGAUGCGUCAGGAUAUAGUCAAUAAUUUCAACAGUGAUCCCAGCAUAGAUGUUCUUCUACUAACUACUCUGGUUGGCGGCUUGGGUCUCAAUUUAACUGGCGCCGACACGGUAAUUUUUGUCGAGCACGACUGGAAUCCUAUGAAGGAUCUGCAGGCUAUGGAUCGUGCCCAUCGUAUUGGACAAAAAAAGGUCGUCAACGUCUAUCGUUUAAUUACGCGUAAUUCGCUUGAAGAGAAAAUCAUGGGCUUGCAAAAAUUCAAGAUACUCACAGCCAAUACAGUGGUGAGUGCCGAGAACGCCUCUCUGCAGACAAUGGGCACCUCCCAAAUCUUCGAUCUAUUCAAUGGCGGUGGCAACAACAAAGCGGAUAGCAGCGGCACCACCGCUUCGACUACUGGUGGUUCCGUAUCCAUGAAUACCAUAAUUGAGAGUCUGCCAGAGCUCUGGUCAGAGCAUCAGUAUGAGGAAGAAUAUGAUUUGGGAAAUUUUGUGCAGACUCUGAAAAAAUAACAAAAAAUCCUUCCUGCUUAAGACUUGGUACAGCGAUUAUUCCUGUUGCUGGACACACACAAACACAUACAUUUUCAUUAGAAAGUUCUCUGGCUAUUUCUAAAAUGCAUGCAUAUAUUUGGCAAAUGUUUUUACGAUGCACUCACAUGUUUUUGCAACAACAAACAAAUAAAAUUCUAAAUAAAAAAAGAAAAACAUUUUGAAAUAAAAAUUGUUAAUGAA